UUCCGCCAUUUUGACAUGAAAACAUCCUGUGGUGGAAGAUACUCCCUCAGCGAUGUCCAGGAACAAUGAAGCGAACUCCUUCAGCCAGAGUUAUAAGCUGGUUGUAGUUGGAGGUGGAGGUGUGGGCAAAAGUGCCUUAACUAUUCAAUUCAUUCAGUCCUAUUUUGUGACGGACUAUGAUCCUACAAUAGAGGACUCGUACACAAAGCAAUGUGUGAUAGACGAGGUUGUAGCCCGGCUGGACAUCCUAGACACAGCGGGGCAAGAGGAGUUCAGUGCUAUGAGGGAACAGUACAUGAGGUCUGGUGAAGGUUUUCUCUUAGUUUUCUCCGUCACGGAUAGAAGUAGUUUCAAUGAAAUCUAUAAGUUCCACAAGCAGAUUCUCCGUGUGAAGGACCGCGAGGAAUUCCCAAUGAUCCUAGUGGCCAAUAAAGCUGACCUUGAUCAUUCUAGAGUGGUCAGUAGAGAAGAGGGCGCUGAGUUAGCGGAACAGUUAAGUAUUAACUACAUAGAAGCGAGUGCCAAGGUGCGAGUAAACGUAGAUCAGGCAUUUUACGAUCUGGUCAGAUUCAUCAGAAAAUUUCAAGCGGAAGAGCGACCAGCAGUGAAACCUGGCGGGGACAGAAAGAGGAGGAAAUGUACGAUACUCUGACUGUUUUUCACUGCCCUGAGUGACAAAUUCUGAUUGGCGAAUUAAAGGAGGAUGAAACAACUAGGACAGCCCCGGAGAUUUGGUGUGACAUUCUCUGAUUGGCUGACAGUCAGAGGAUGGCUAGUAUGACAUUCUCUGAUUGGUUGGUUAUCGGAGGAUGUUACAUUAGGGAGAGUUCCCGCGAGAGACUAAUGUGAUGUUCUCCGGCUUUUGAUUAGAGGAUGCCACAAUAGGGACCACCCCCUCCCGCCCCCAUUUUCCCCCAAGACUAGUAUAACAUGCUCUGAUUGGCUGACAGUCAGGGGAUAGCUAGUAUAACAUGCUCUGAUUGGCUGAUAUAGACAGUGAGUCAUUCGAUGGUCUCUCUUUGGUGAUCGCCACCUGGGCUACAGAAUCUGCCUUCCAUUUUCCAGGUUCAUUGUCGCUUAUUACACCUGUAGCAGGAAAGUCAGGAAAACUUAUUAUAUUAUGCAGAUUAUGGUAUGACUGUGCUGUGUGUUUGUCUCUGUUGUUUAUCAUAGUCAUAAAAUCAAAAUUUCACAGAAAAAAAAUUGUCUCCAAAGCUCAAUUUCUAAUAAGAAUUCACUUGAAGCUUUAUAAACUGAUUCCGUAUUGUAGCAUUCAACAUUCAGUUGUUAUUUCUUGUUCUUUACAAUUUUGUGCAAUUUUGAAAUUUUAAUCUGAUAAAUUUAGGCAAGAAGGAAGUGAUUAGACAACAAAAUUGUUUUUUUCCAUAUUUUUGACAGUAUAAUAUAUUUUGUAUGCAGAUUAUAGAAAUCCAUUUUCAUGGAAAAAAUACUAGAAUAGGAAAAAAAGAAUCAGAUAGAAAAAAAGGAAGCCAUAUGCAUUCGUUAGAUUAUCAGUACUGUUGAAAAUCUUAUGUUUUGAGCUGAAUUCUCCUCGGGGAAUUCAAGGCAGAGUUUAAUUAUAUUUUUUGGUUGGGUAUCUACUAUCUAGUUAAGCAAAUGGUCUUUUUCAUGGACGCUGAAAAUGUAACUUGCGUACCAACCUAAGGAUAUCUGCCGCUUAUACUGGUCUGUAUACAUGUGGAUGUUAAGACUUUUUCACUUCGAUAGAUUGUUUAUUUUUAUCUUACUGGGUCAAGAGCCUUUUCUACUCUUAGACUAGUGUUUUGAAGGUUUUUUUUUUUUUUUUUGCAGUUACUUUUAAAUUAAUAAAAGUAUGAUGUAAUGUGUUUUUAAUUAGCAUUUGUAAUGCAAGCAAAGUUUCAGAAUUUUUUAUCAGGAAUAUUUAUUUCCUUAAUCACAUAGAGCAGAUGAUUAUUAAAGAUGAUUUUUGAAAAAGUAAUUCAUAAUUGAUAAGUUUGUUGACUUAUUGCUAAAUGAAAAUAAUGGUAUAAAGCUGCUAUCAUGAUCACCGUGGCCAUUUUUUAAUUACCUGGAUUUUCUUAUCAUGGUUCAAUCUUUUUUGUAUGAAAUAUUUGUCAUUUCAUCAAUUUUGCUCACCAUUUGCCCAGAUAUUUUCACUCACCUAUUCCUUGACUGGAUAAUUUGAUCACCUUUUUUCCAGUAUUUUUUUUUGUUUUGUUUGUGAGGGUUUGUUGUUUUAUAACACUAGACUUGGUUGUACUAGAAAUAAGCUACAUGUCUUGGUGUUAAAUCAUUUUUGAUACAUCAUAACCUUUUAUGAAAAUUUUCUCAACCAAACCCAUCCUUUUUUAACUCCUACAAUUUGGCACUUAAGUUUGAACUAGCAAAAAUAAAAUUACUUUCAAGUAAAUUAUUAUGAAAUUAAACUUUAAUAUAAAAUAAAUGCAUCCUAUUUUUAUAAUAAAAUGUGUCCUAUUCACAUUUAUUUUUCUACAAUUAACAACUUUGUACUUGAUUAAUUUCCACUAGAGGAGUACUUAUCAUAAUUUCACUUGUUCUAUCAAAUAACAUCAAAGCUAAUUGUUUCAUGAUACUUGUUUUAAUUUGACUUCAUGGUUCUAAGAUAAUACAAUGCAUGCAUUUCAUAAGUUCUCACAAAUAUUUAUAAAAGAUAUAAAAAUCUCAAAAUUAAACAAAUAAUGCGCCCUGGUUAUGUAUCGGUAAUAGAGAUGCUAGUUUUAAUUUUUGUUUGCUGCUAAAUGAUGUUUUUUUCUGUGCCUGAGUUGUUGAUAUUGUUUGAAUGCUACCUCUGUGCUCAGUACUGAUGUAGAAUCUCGUAAAUAUAGGCUUCAAAUGUAUCUGAAUAUUUUCAGCAGCCUUUCUUUGAACUUUUGACAACAAUUUUUUCUGUCAAUGUAAUUUUUCACUGAAAAAAAAAAAAAAAGAUUUGUAGAGAUUCAGUUGGUCUGAUCAAUAAAAUACAUGAAAGUGUCGUGACCAAAUUAAUUUACAUUAAGUAAAUUACUGUAUUUAAUGCUGUAAACAGCAAUGAUUAAGCCCAUGCCUGUUGAAAAGCCCACUUAUAUGUUUAUUGGAGUUUUAAGUAACACUAACAUAUGCCUUACCACUGUCCUGUAAUAAGCCCACCCCAACUUAGAGUCAAAGUCUAUUUAUAGAUUACCUUGACCUUUUAUAGGAUAGAAAGGUAAAGGUUAUUGAUAUUCAAUAAUCAGUUGUAAAGACUACAGAUGCUGGUUGAGAAAUAUGUUGUAAAUUUAUUUUCUCCACCAUCCAUCAUCAUGCUGUAGGAUUUGUGUAUUCUUUGUCCUGGUAAAAUGCCAUUUAUGAUAUUGUUCUGCUUUGAAAUCUAGGGGUUCCGUCCUCAGUAUUCUUAUCUUCUCUGCAUUCCUGGAAUUCAUUGUUGCUAAAACAAAGGCUUGCAUUUGAUUGGUUCCUGACCUGACCUGAGCUUGACCAAUCACAAAGCUGAUUUCAUUUCUUGCGAUAGAAGGUUGCAGAUAAAUAAUGCCCAAAUCAUCUUUUUGCCUCGCUGCUGCCUCGCCAUUCCAUUCAUCUUUCUAUCGUAACAGUUAUCUGCCUCACUUACUUACAUUAUGCAAUACACACUUCAUGCAUACAGAGAUGUUUUGGUGACAUUUUCCAUGGGUACAGAGAAGAUAUAUAUAUAUAUAUAUUGAGGGUGGAGCCUUGUCUUUGAAGAUGCCAGAAACAUGGUUGUAGUGUUCCAAUCAUGGGACUGGAUAUCUAAGGAUAUGGGCAUAUACCUAUCCUGUACCUUGAUUGUUUGACUGCAAAAACCUGUAACAGGCAAUUUGACUAGAAAAUAUGUGACAGGAAAUAUUUGGUGUCCCAGUUCAAUCAAUGGAUGUCCCUGUUACAUUAUGGGGACAUUCUGUGUCCCAAUUCAGAGUAAUGUAACUCACAGGAUUUUUUGUGUCAGUUUUUGAAACUAAGAUUGAGAGUUUGCAGUUCUAGGUGUGUGAGUUCGCUGCUCUAGGUGUGUGUGGAUGCGAUUUCGCUUUUGUGUGCUGUAUUAUUAGUUAUUUAUAAUAACAACUUCCCUUUCUAGUCAUGGAUUUUAUGUUUUAAUGUGUUAAUGAUUUUAUUAUUUCCAAUGCUUUGACUCACCUGGGUUAACAUUCCAGAACUCAGCUUCAUGUAGAAAUAGCUGGCUGUUGAUGCACAUUUAUUUUAUUGUUAAAAUGUAUUUUAUUAAAAAGAAAAAAAAUUGAAAUAAUUUAAGUAUUAUUAAUCGUAAUCAAAAUGAAUUUUAUUUAUAGAUUUUUGGUGUGUUUUUAGCACCAAAGGGCCAAUUCAACUUUGCCACUGGAUAGUGUCCAUCAUCAUUUCACAUUCUAGAUCUAUUUGCAAUACUUUAAAAAAAAACAGUACCUGAAGAAUGUCAAAUUUAGUAAAUAACGGUAUGUCUGACCAAUAUUGUAUGACGGAUUUCCUUUGAUGGAGGAAGUACCUGAAGAAUGUCAAAUUUAGUAAAUAACGGUAUGUCUGACCAAUAUUGUAUGACGGAUUUCCUUUGAUGGAGGAAAUGAUCAAGCUAUUUAUAAUUGACAAUGUUCAAAUUUCAUCUGUUAAGUUCAGUAUGGGAUAAGUAAAGUUACUGUAUGUUAUUUUGCAAUAUUUACCCCAGUGCUUUGUAUAUACCUAAUGGUUGAGUAAACAUAGUUAUGCCUAUGAUAUUUAUCUAUACCGGUUUUCUUGUUCAAAGAAAUAUUUAGAUGAAAAAAAAUAUAUAUGAAUAAUUGAUGUAUAUUAAUGGUGUAGACCCCAUGGACCUCUUGUUCCCUUUAUUUUAUCUGUUGAAAUGUGUGAUGGAUUAAUUAGAUGCUUACCAAAAUUAUUCUAAAAAAAAGAAAAAAAAAGUUGUGCACUAUAUUUACACAUCCGGGCCCAGUUGUUUGUAAAAGGUGAUUAGGCUCAACACAGUUUAACAACAAUUUUAAAAUCGUGAUGAAAUCAUUUCUGGUCAAACUAAAUUGACAAAAUUUUAUGAAAAUACGACACCUGUCAGUCUCUACCUGCCUACUUUCUGGAAUACACACACUCAGGUUUUCAAGUAAAGAAAUUGAUAUUUUCACUAAUCAAGUGUUUCAGCUAAUCACCUUUUGAACAACUGGGCCCUGGUUCAAAGUACAACUAGCUUCUGACAUAUACUGCUGUUAAUUUAAAAACUUCACUGAAUCAAACUUGUAUUGCUUGAGUCGGUGUUCGGGAAAAAAAAUGGAUAACACUUUCAUUAAAUAUUUUAAUCUUGAUCUAUUACAGAGAAUUUUUGUUCUACAAUUUACAAGUUAUAAUAUGUUUUGAAAAUGAAAGCCCUGUACUCGGUUCUUGAUUCUAACUUGGAGUUGUUACUCUUUGUUGGCAUUUUUAUUGAUUUUUUAAAGAGAUUAAUAAUUUUUGGUGUGGUUUUAGAUUGAUAUUUAGAUAACUAACUACAAGGUCAGUAUAUCAUUGAAUUCCUUCUGUAGAUAUAUACUCUAGGUUUAUCCUCCUCAAAGUGACCAUUGGUCAUUUUUUCUCUAAGAAAAUACAUACUUUGUUUUCCCAUAUCUAUCCCAAGUUAAGUACAAUACAAUGUGACUGGUGCCAGUCAUUAAGAAAACAUUUUGAUAUUUGUUAUAUUUUUAUCAUAUGAUUGAUUCAAUUUACAUGAAAAUUAGAAUAUAAGAUAGGAUCAAUUAAAAGUUCAUGUUGUUACUUUUCAUACUAAAAAAUAAUUUAUAUGUAUUUGAAAAAUUUGCAUUAAGAUAUUUUUUUCUUGCAUUUAAAUUCUCAAUCAAUAUCCUUGUACAUCAGAAGCUGUAUUGUGUUUCACGUAACUGUUUGAAGCAUCUUCUGUUGGCAACACUGAUAUUAAAUUUUGAAAGGAGAGUCAAAGAAAUACCCGAUAGGCAAAGAAAAUUUUUUGAAUACAUGAAUAUUUAUUUUUAUUUAUUUUUGCAUGUGGCACUGAGAGGUUAACUGUAGAGAGGCACAUUAAUUUCUUGAUGUGUAACGCUGGUCGUUUCUGUAAAAUUGUUGUAUUUGUUGAUAAAUUGUUUAUUUGUGUCAUGUUAAGGAACAGCCCAAACACUUGUCUAGUCAUCACAAUAAUGCACAGGAACUUGACACAAAUUCACACCCUACAUUCCAUAUAUAAUACACAAUAUGUUAUAAAUAUGGACUGUGGGUAGAUAAUUUGUGUCAAGUCCCUGUGAGAAAAUAUAUCAAAUGAGUUAGGACCAUUUUAUUUAUUGUAGAAAGUAUUACAUAAAAACGUUUCAUUCCUGGUAUAAAUUGUACAUGUACUACAAAAAAUGUAGUUAGAUUUGAAGUAAAUACCUGUAAAUAUUGAAUUGUAAAUAUAUUCUAUAGUUAGACUUAAAUACAGGUAAAUAUUAUAUUUCUAGUGUAAUGUUUGUAAAUAUUCCAGGCCUAGAAGUUAACACAGGCAGGGGAGGGGCAUACCCACCUCAUGAAGAUUAGAAUUUAGUAGUAGAAAUAUUCAUACCCGGUUUCUAACCAUAAAAUAUGUUGGGGACUGCUAGUUAAUUCUCCUCACUGGUACAGCUUUUAUAAUGAAAUACUGUUACAGAACAACAUCCACAUACGAAGAUUCCUGAGUUCGUGACAGCUUCAGUAGGUGCACUUAUUUUGCCUACCCUGUUCCCUGUUGCUGAGGAAGUUUUUUUUACUCCUUGAUAAAGUGUAUGUGUGUGCCUUGCUUUUCCCCCAGCAGUUACUAAAAGUCACUUUCCUUUCUUAUUAUUGCAUGUUACUUACUCCGGUUAAAACUACAAUAGCCUUAUUCUACCCAAACCAGGGCCCAGUAUGAUCAAUAUUCCUUAACUAGAGGAAAUCCUGUAACUCAAAAUUCCGAUAGGAAUGCACUACAGAAUUUAAGGAAUGUUCCUUAAUUGAAAAUUUUCAUUAAAUCCAACAAUGCUUUUUCCUUUGGAAAAUUUUAAGUCGAGAAUUUUCCUUCAGUUCAGGAAUAUUAUUGAAACUGGGGCCUGCUAGCUUAGAAUCAAGCUUAUUGCUAUGGCUUAUUUUAACUAAUGAAAAGACCUUGAUCUGGUAUAUUUAUUUUUUUCCCUUAUUUCAGCUUUGAAUUGAGAUCCUUUAUUGAUGAGAAUUUGGCCUUGCUUUCUCUCAUCAUUGGAUGAGGAUUUUUAGUCCUUUUGUCCUGAAUCCCUUGCUCUGAACUGGUUUAUAUUUUAUAAGCCGACUGAUUUUAAGAUAUUUCUCUGGAAUCUUUUACUAGAUGUGUUUUUGUAUCCUUUGUAUAUGAAGUUAAAUAUGGCUUUCCAUGUGACUUGCUUUGAAUUUUCAUGUGUUCCAAGUAUGAAUGUUUGUCUUACUUUAUAAUUGUGUGUUGAUAAGUUUAUCAUUUAGUAUUGCAGAAGCCCCUUCCAGUUAGCUUAUAUUUUAUUGAUAAAUUUUAUUAUUUACUGUACAUUGUACUAGAUUAUUCCUUGUAUCAUUCCGUUAGCUUGCCUGUCUGCUAUUAACCCUUUCACCCCUACUGACCAUAUUGGACUUCAAAUGAUGAAUGAAUGGCUGAGUCCACUAACAUUUCUUAGGGUUGAAAGGGUUAAAUAUUGACCCUAAUAGCACAGGGCCUUGACAUGUUCCUUUGACCCAGUAAUAAGUAAUCAAGGGGUCAACCUUGGAGUUAUUCUUUUCAUUCUGGGUCAUAGGAAAAUGUCAAGCCCCUGUGUCUUAGAGCUGUAUGACAACGUUAUUGUGUAAAUGCUAUAAGAUGGAGCUAGUUGCAGAGGUAAAGUAAUGAUGGACAAGUUUUUCCAUACCUCUUAAACACAGAAACUUAUAUUUUAUGAUAAAUAUAUUACUGACCAAUGGUUAGAAAUUCGAACCAAGCCCUGUGCUGUGUAUAGUAAACAUUAUACUGCUACCUUCUUUGUUCAGCGUUGAUAGAAUGUAAAUUAUUUUUGAAAAAUAUUUGUGAAUUAUGAAUAUUAAUUGAUAGACGAGAAAAUUAUCAGGGUGUCUUCGAAUGAUCAUGUUCUAAAAUCCAUCGAUUUUGAAAAUUCAUCAAAGGAAGUAAUCGAGAAUCAGACUUGUGUGUCGCUCAAACAGAGGUUUACAUUGAUAGAAAUUGUGUUUAUUUUGUAAAUCUAUGUAGCUUUAUCCAUAUGGAGGCUUCACUAUCCAUUUGAUUAGCUGUAUUUGAAUUUAAAAUUAACACAAAUUAUCUAUUAAAGUUCGAUUUGGAUGAAGAAAUUUGUAUGAUACAUGUGAAUUCCAGAAUGAAAGUCUUAAAGAAUUGAGCUAAAUAUUUUGACACUCCACUAAGUACUUUCCAAAUCUAUAAUAUAACUUAAAUUUAAUAUCUACUUAACCUGAUCUACUUAAUAUCGACAUAUAAAACAGUGUUUGAUAACGCUUGUUGAUAUGAAAACAUAAUCGGGUUAUUUUUAGUAGUGUUACCCAAUUGUAUUAUGAUUUUCCCAAAUUCGUCAAAUUUUUGCAGUUUUACCGAAUAUUUAAAACAAAAAAGCAUCCCACAUUUUUUUCAUGGAAGAAACCGACCAUAAUUUUCUCAAUGAAUUUACUUUUCAAGGUGUCCAGUUUUUGUGUUUUUAUUUUACACUUAAAAAUAUCUAGAACACCGUUAAAAAAAAAAGAAAAAGAAAUAUGUACAGUAUUAACAUACGUUUUCCAGAAACACAUGUUUAUCUGUUUUAAAAAUUCCUUAAAAAAAAUUAAGAAGAAGUAAAGUAAAUGUUUACAGAUUUCAGAUUACGUUUUCCAGAAACACAUUUUUAUCUGUUUUAAAAAUUCCUUAAAAAAAUUAAGAAGAAGUAAAGUAAAUGUUUACAGAUUUCAGAAUCCGCUAUUGAGAUUCAGGAUGAUUCUGUUUAUCUGGAGGUUUUUAAUCUGAAAUAACUGUUUCAUACCGUGUAUACAAAUGUAGCAUGUGUUUUGGUUCCUUUGAUAUUAUUUAUCUACAAACUCUCUCACUGUAGGCUCCGAUUUAGAUAUUACUUUGUGUAUAAUGUGUUGUAUUUCUAACUCGCCUGCCAAAAUGGUAUGUGAUCUUGCUUCAUGAUGCAGCGUCUGUUGUUUGUCUGAACAACUUUUCCACCCAAAUCGCCUAGCACCGUAAUAUUGGGCCAGUAGUAUGCUGGGAUGAAAGACUUUGAAGUUAAAAAAAAAAAUAACAUUGAUCCUCUUUCAAGUACACACAGAUCAAAUAAUGAAAUGUGUUCAAAUCUUAAAAGUAAUUCUAAAUAACGGGAAAAUCCACGAUGAAAAUAUGUGGCGGUAGCUGUCUGGCAUUACAGCUUUCAAGGUCGUUCAUAUGAAUGACCUUGACAAAAUUUGACAAAAUUUGUUCAAUUUACACAAAUCUGCCUUCAUAUAACACUGGCUGUAAAGUUUUGCCAUUUCUUUGAAUUAAGUCCAAUUUUCAUUGUGAGUCACCACCGAAGGCACGUUCAUGAAUGAUCCAUGGUAUAGCUAGGUGAGCAUUUUAAGUUCAUUUAGUUUCUUGUUGAUAAUUCUAGUCCUUAAAGCAGGUCACAGUAAGAAAAAUAUGUGAACUUGCUGAGUUUCCUAAAAUAUGAAAAUGUUAUUUCAGAAUUUUAUUUAUUGGUGAUAUUAAUACUUACAUUUCGUAAUUAUAUUUCAUUUUCUCCAAUAUUUACACAUACAUUACAUUAUAUACAUGAAAAGUCUGAAGUAAUUAAUUUAUACUAUAAUUGUUAAUUUUGGAUGAAGGUCAAACUGCAAAAAUAUUUGUAUAUUAAAUAGCUUGAUGCUAACAUUUUCCAACAAAAGACUCAAAGAAUUUGAAUAUACAUGUUGUAUUGGAGAAUACAGCGAUCACAAAUUGUCAUACUAGAAAGUUUGUGUGAAGAUAUAGCUGAUGAAUCCAAGCAAGUGUAGACUGUACAAUGUUUCCUAUAACUUCUGAUUAUUUAAUUCAGGUUUGUUACGCUUGAGUUGUUUCAUAACAUUUACAAGGUCUGUAAUCAAUAUUGUGAAGAAUUUUUCCUGGUGUUGUAAUUCGUGAAUCAUGAUUCCCUUAAAGAUUCAAUGAUAUUUUCUUAUUCCAACAGAACUGAACCUGCGAUUAAUGUAGCUUUAAGUCACUAGUAUAGUUUUAUUUUACAUGAAUUUAAGUAUUUCACUUUAUUAGAUAAAGACUCUUUAUAGUUCAAAUUGUUUGACUUAUUGGACCAGAUUUGUUGGUUUAAGAAAUAAUUAUGGGCUACAUGAUCUUGUUUACUUAUUGGCGAGCCUUGACAAAGACUUCCAAGGCCUGUAUCAACAUCAGCAGGUCCAUCAAGAUAUAUGCCAGAAAUGCUACAUUCAACACAUUUACAAACGUUUGCCCCUAAAAUGAAAAGACCUUGCUCUCUCAGAAAUCUUUUAAAUUCAGAAGUUACAUUAUAUUUAAUAUAUAUACAUGUAUGUAGUUCAGCAACUGCCAGAUUUCAUAUAUUCAGUUUACACAAUAACUGGUGACGCCUUACUCUUAAGCAUUAAGUGAUUAUUUGUGGAAAACAACAAAACAUUCUAUCACUGCUAAAUGUCAUAGGAGAAUUAAACUACAGUUGUAUGAGGUUAUUAUCGUCAUGUAAUAUAUCAAACUGCACUUGUUCAGUUUUAAUACACAAAGCAGGUCUUCAUUUGAAGAGCGACUAUUUUUAUUAUUCAUCACGACUAGUUCUGCCCCUUGAGGAAGUCCUAAUAAUGUCCCCAUUUAAGUAUCCUGUUGUUUCCUUAUGUGACAGAUACUUGAGAAUUGUUUUUUUAUAUAUUGUUAUUUUUAGCCCUGUGGGAAUUAAACAUGUGCAUGUGCCUGUAUAAAAGAUAUUGCCCUCGAGUGCUAGAGAAGACACAAACGCCAAAUCCAUCCCCAUAACUAGCUGGGCUUUUCUAAUUAGCUGGUGUAUUGACUUGAAAAGUGUUGUUAAAUUUUAAAUGUGUUUUUUGUAUCAUUGUUUUUUGUCCCACCAAGCUUUUUAAGAAAUGUAUGAAAUAAUAUUUAGAAGCUAUGUUUACUAAUACAUUACAACAUAAAAAAAAAAAAAAAAAAACCAGUUUCAUCAGAUAAUAAUAUUGAUGUCAUUCACUUCAUUUUCAAGGUCACAGCUUUUGACCCUAGUUAUAAAAUCAUGCCAUUUUUCCAUUCAGUGUGUAGGAGAGAGGAUAAUUUCAUGUACAUUUCAGUGUUAAUCAAUAACUAAAAGCAUUUAAAUUGAUCAUUCAUCUUUUUCUAAAAAUCUGUUUAAGAUCGGAGAUGAAAACAGUUUCUAACUUUCUAAGAUGUGAGAAGUAUUUUACCUAAUUUUGGUUGUAAUCACACGGCUGAGAGACUACAUUACAAAGGCUAUAGUAUUAUUCCAAUGCAUUACGUGUAACAGUUUGAUCAGUCUGCCUCUCUAGUAGAUAUAAAUGGAUUCAUUUCUUUUGAGAUCUGUGUAAUAUGAACAUGUGAUCAUUCAUUGUAUUUGUGUUGGAAAAUAAACAUUUUUUAUACAAAG